AGGAGCACAGGUUAGGAGCUCUGCUCUGAAAGGGGGGGUGCGGGUUUCCUGAUGGGCUGUUGGCUCUGAUGAGACCCACCCCUUCGUCAUUCACCGCAGAAGCUUGACCGGUGGGCCCCCCACCACGCUCGCUUCCUUUGUCCUCAGUCAGUCCAGAAUGGAUGAGUCGCCAGAGCCUCUGGCCAUGACCGUCCACCUCCUGGCCAGCUCCGGGCACGGCUCGCUGCUGCAGCAAACUCUGGACCAGCUCCUGGACUACGUGUGCCCAGACGUCCGUCCCUUUCUGGUGUCGGAGGCGAUCCGGCCAGCGAAAUACUACGACAGGUGCCCCUCCAAGCGCUCGCGGUUCCCCGGGAUGUCUGUUUUGCUCUUCCUGCACCAGAGCCUCGGAGAGGAGCGGCUGUUCCGGGUCCUUGACUCCCUCCAGCGCUGGCCCUGGCAGUGCUACCCGGCCCCCAAAGCGCCAGGGCGACCGUGCCCCUACAUUCUCGCCAACCAGGACUUCUACAGUCUGGACAGCCAGAUGCCCGUCUGGGGCGUGAGGCAGGUGCACUGCGGGGCCGAGAUCCUGAGAGUGACGCUCUACUGCAGUUUUGACAACUAUGAGGAUGCCAUCAGGCUCUACGAGCUGAUUCUGCAGAAGGAUGCCACCUUGCAGAAGAGUAACUUCUGUUUCUUUGUGCUCUAUGCCGCCGAGAGCUUUGCGCUGCAGCUCUCCCUGAAGCAGCUGCCCCCUGGAAUGUCAGUGGACCCCAAAGAGUCUUCAGUGCUGCAGUUCAAGGUCCAAGAGGUUGGCCAGCUCGUGCCUCUUCUGCCCCAUCCGUGUGUCCCCAUCAGCCGCACCAGGUGGCAAACCCAGGACUACGAUGGUCACCAGAUUCUGCUUCAGGUCCAAUCUAACCCAGGACUCGAUGUUAGGAAUGAUGAGCUGUCCUUUCCGAACGGCACUGUGGGAGCCAACACAUUUCUCCAGGGCUCCAGACUGAUCCCUGUCUCCCCAAGGAAGACACUAGAGCCCAGGUGCCGAAGAAGCCGGGCCAGGAGGUCCAAGGUGGGCUCUCCAGAGUGCCCAGUGCCCAGUGAAUGCCCAGUGUCAGACAGCUUUAGUGGAACUUUGUGGAAAAGCCCUGGUUGCUCUUCCCAGGACAGCAGCUCAGCCAUGGGUGCCCAGAUGCAUCUGCCUUCUCCUCACCGCCAGCCUGGGGCCAGAGCAAAGGUCCUCAGCCCGGAAAAGAGCUUUGAGAAGCUGGAGGCAGAAACGAACGUUGACACAGGGCACACCACGGUCAGUUGUGAACCCAGGCAAUCUUUUCCGAGCAGAUUUCCAAGGGACUUCCGGGCCAGCCGGCCACCAGCCUGCUUGCCAGACUCCUCCAUAGGGUCAACCCCUGCCUCCAAGAACAAUAAACUCUCUAAGGAAAGGAUCCAUUGUUUGUCUCUUGCCGGGCAAAGGGAUCUUGGUGCAAGGAAGACAAUGUCAAAGAGCCUCCUUCACCUGCCAGCCCAGGGUGAAGAAAAAGAAGAAGAAGAAUUCUUUAUAUAGCACAAAACAAACGUGGUUUCCUAAAACACAAGAUCAGAUACGGUGUUCUAGGAAUGGAGCCCUCGGACCUAGAGUCAGGCUUGUUUCUUGUUCAUGGGAGGGGACCUGAGUGCUAGCCAUGCAUGGAUCUGUACUGCGUGUAUUUCAAAUGUUCCCAAUCUAACGGUGCUGUGAAUGGUUAUUUGCUAUCACGGUCAUGAAGGAACACAGCCAACGUGUGGGGGGAAAGCCCUUGGAGAAACACUAACCCAGCUGGGUGUGAUGAGUUCAGCACCUAUCAGGAAUAAUUGCAUUGUGUGCAAAUGAGUCAGGUGUGCUACCCAGUGCCGAUGAGUGUAUGCGGUUUGGUUUUAAUUUUUACUUGGAUUGUAUAGCUCAUCCCCCUGGACAACAUGGACUAUUUACUCUUUAGUGUUUUUUUAAUUUUUACGUGACCUCCUUUGGUAACUAUGCUCUGUACACCACAUAGCCUCUAGUGAUUUUACCUUUAAAGUUGUUUGUGUCUACAAUGAGUUAACAUGCAAGUGUUUUUGACAAUUACAAACCAUUUAUUUUUUUCCUGUUUAAUGAAGAGAAACACUGGAAGCCAAGAAAUCAGGUGAAAAAUGAAAGCUAGGCUCUGGGACUUCUCCGCUUCUCCGUUUCUUAUUUGUUUCUUCCCUACUCCAAAGGGGCCAGCGGUUCAUGUUUCUGACCAGAGAGGAACAUGCCACGAUUGGAUGAUUCUAGAUCUCGACUCAACGUGGCAAGAAGGUUGGAUUGGAUGGGUCAUUGGAGCAGGACUUUUGCUCUUCUGGCCAUAUUCAAAUUCCUAAAUUUCUUUGCAAUACUCAUUCAUUCAUUUAUACACUCAUUCAUUUAGCAAGUAUUUAUUGAUCACCUACGUUUGAAUGAGACCUUGACAUAUGGUCCACAUACAUUCGGUGGCCAUCCAACCCCAAAAGUAUUCCUGGUCUCACCAGAAUAGAUUCAAUCUAUCAACACUUGAGAAUAUGUUGAAGUCUUAAUUCCUCUGGAACCCUUUCCCACGACUGAUUUUCACACUUGCUGCACAAGGCUGUAGUAACCAUUCACCACCUGCAGGUGGAGACUGGGCAUAUUAUAAAUUGUAAUUAUAACUACAAUGGACGAAUUCUCAGUUGCUCAAAGACUGUAUUUUUUUGUUGGGUCUGUACACACAUUUUUAAAACAUCUGAGACCUCUGUAUUGUGGUUAAUUUAUAACGUAAUUUGACUCCAUGAACUUUAUUCUCCAGAACAGAUGUUAAAUAACCCUAUGAAUGCUCAUUUGGCUGGAUCUUUGUGGUGAUCCCGACACUUAGUAUACCCACUUGGAAAGAAGGAUGAGCUCAGGUUCAAGCACGAGUCUCAGGGAAGAGACACCUGGCUGAGUUUGGGUGUUUUGCUGACUUUGAAGGAUAGAAAUGAAGAAGAGUUGCAAAUAGGCAAAGAUAAGAUUUCUAGCUUGAUUUUAUAUUUCUAAGCACACGACAUCAAUAUAUUCUCAUUCUCGUUUUCCUUCUCUCCCCCAGACUAAAGUUAGAUUUUAGGAUAUAGAAGAACUUAAUUUUGGUAUGAUUUUCUAUAAUAAGAGUUUAAAAUAAUGAAAGUCUUACUUAAAUUGAGCUCUUGAGCUGCCUUGGAAAGCACAACAGGCGGGCAGUUCCAAUAUUUCUUUCCUGCUUCUUUUGAGGUUACCUGAAUUCUUUAACAUAAUACAUAGGCAAGGAUAUAAGUACACGGAAAUUAUGAAGAAUAUUGAUAAACGUGAAGGAGUAUUUUACAAAAUUGAUUGGUCAAAUAACACACUCUUAAAAUGACACUGACUAGAUCCUUCUCAACACAGGAAUCCAAUUUAGAACAUUAUGGGAGGGAAAUUCCAGUGGGCCAGGGUGCCAAAGUCCCCACUUUGGGCCCUAGCUUUUAAAUGGUCUAUUUGCGGGACCUUGAACUGUCAGCCCUUUGAUCCUCUGUUGCCUACUGUAACAAACGGUUGUUAAGAGAAUCAAGAUUAUG